ACAAACACAGACAGAAGUGAGAGACGCUGAGAGCUGAAGCAGAACUGACCCAGACCUGUUGGAUUUCACUUCAGCUCUGAUGCAGGGCUGAGCUUCAAGACGUUCACUGGAUGUUUGUGAUGGAGCUGCUGCCGUGUCUGCUGUCCACGCUGAGGAAGGUGGAUCCUGUGGCUCUGGAUCAGGACUACAAUGUGGUGCGUUCAAAGUCCUCUAUCGCAAAGAAGAGUCUGAGCACUGAGGCCGGAGCUCAGAAGGAGAACAUCAAGAAGAACAGAUACAAAGACAUCCUGCCAUAUGACGUCACCCGGGUGGUUUUAUCUCUGCAGACUGCACUCACAGACUCCGAUUACAUCAACGCCAGUUUCAUCAAGGGGGCGACAGCAGACAAGACAUACAUAGCUGCUCAGGCUCCUCUGAGCUCCACUGUCACUGAUUUCUGGAGGAUGAUCUGGCAACAUGAUGUUAAGGUGAUAGUCAUGGCCUGCCGAGAGAUAGAAAUGGGAAAGAGGAAGUGUGAGUGUUACUGGGCUGCAGUUCAUCAGUCAGCGUCAUUUGGACCAUUCACCGUUUGCAGCCAGGGGGAAACACGUCCUAAUGAAGACAUGGUGAUCAGAACUCUGACUGUCACAUACCAGCAGGACAGCCGCUCGGUGACUCAGUACCAGUUUCUGUCGUGGCCGGAUCAUGAUGUUCCCUACGAGGCAGCGGGAGUCCUGGACCUGCUGCAGAAAGCCAGAACCAGCCUGGGAACACACAACGCACCUCUGCUCAUACACUGCAGUGCAGGCUGUGGGAGGACAGGAGUCAUCUGUGCUCUGGACUACAUCCAUGACCUAGUGGUUACCAAGCAGAUCACAGCAGAUUUCAACAUCAUGAGGAUUGUUCUGGAGCUGAGGAGGCAGAGACCUUCUGCUGUACAGACCAAAGAACAGUAUCGGUUCAUUUUCACGGCCACCACCUGUAUGUUCCAGCGAUUCCUGCAAUCGGACAGCUCUCAGCUCUACUCCAACAUAUCUGAGUUGAAGAAACCAAGACCUGAAAGGAGAAUCUCAUCUACUUCCUCCGCAAAAAGAAACUCGCAACAGACGGACAUGAACGAUACGUACGCCGUCGUCAACAAGCCCAAACAACCCCACCCACCUGUCACAAGCCCCACCUACUCCCAAGUAGUCCCGCCCAGAGACGUCAACAGAAGCAGGACCACGCCCACUUCACAUCACUAUGACAACGAUGCAGGAGCGACGGCAGGUCCCAUCUACAGCACCGUCAAACCCCGGUCCAAACCACCCAGCAUGCCUCAAUCAGCCAAACACAUCUAUGACACAGCCAUACCCUCCAAUGGCAGGCAGGGGGAGGGGCCUGUGUCGCUAGGCAACAACGCAGAGUAUCACCUGGUAGCAGCUGAUCGUGUUUCGCAACAGACGAUGAUUAUGAAGACGUUUCACCCCCAGUGACGGACUCAACUGGCUUUAACAUCCCAGGAGGCAUCGGGUUUAACUGUCGGGUCCAGAAGCCAGAGGACCCAGAGACCCUCCUGUAGAGUGGAGUCGACUGGAGAGAUGAGACUGGGUCAACUGGACUCUACUGGUUUCCAUGAGACCGGGGGUGAAUUUUCGACUGGAUUAGUGCAUUAAAGCCCAUGUGAGCCGGAGUGUGUUUUAGAUUAACGGAAGGGACCUGGACUGAGGCCGUUUGUAUUUGCUGAUGUGAUUUACUCUCUGGUUAAAAGACCAUCACCGUGACCUGAUUCUGCUGAAAAUAUUUAUGGACUUUAAAGGUUUUAUUUAAGCUUCGAUUGUGUAUUUCUGUCUAGGAUUCUACUCAGAUACAACUGUGCAAAAAAUAUAAUGUAUUGUAAAUUAUUAAAGGUGCAUUCCACCAACUUCGCACA